UCCGUCCCGCUCUGCGGACCCAAGGAGAGAAAGAUUCCUACACAGGUCUGUGUUCCCCCUCCUCAUGCAGAACUCCAUGAAAUGAAUAAAGCACCACAGCCUAUAGCAGGACCCCCGCACCCCGCCCCCUCCCCCGGCCUCCCACAGGCCAACUUUCCCCCUGGGCAACCUCCCUCCAUGGUCUUUGCCAGCCCACCGCCUCCACAAAUGAACCCCACACCUCAGCCCCGACAGUUCGCCCCCGGGCCCCGGCCUAUACACCAACAGGGAGGGUUCAGGUCGCUACAGCCAUACUACACCAACAGGUCAGGCCUGCCCUCGGGGGCCGGGCCCCGGGGCCUGCCCCCCAGCAGCGCCCCGCGGCCCGUGGCCCCCACCCACGUGUACCAGGCGGGACCCGGCUCCCAGAUGAUGAUGAUCCCCCAGCAGCCGCUAGCCUUCCCCAGCUCCCCGCAGGGCACCGCCUACUUCAUUCCUGGACAGUACCGGCCCACCUACGUGACCACGCCCCAGCAGUACUCCCUCCCGGCGGGCACGCCCGGCUUCUACCCCAGCAGCACGGCGGAUUACGGUCCUUAUGCGGGGGCCUACUACCCGGCCCAGUUUGCGUCCCCUGUGCAGGCGGCGCCGGUCAUCAUGAGCCCCGCCCCACAGCAGCAGCAGCAGCAGCAGCAACAGCAGCAACAACAACAACAGCAGCAUCAACAGCAGCAACAACAGCAACAACAUCAACAACAACAGCAGCAACAACAGCAACAGCAACAGCAACAACAGCAACAACAGCAACAACAUCAACAACAACAGCAACAAGCACAUCAGCAGCAGCAGCAACAGCAGCAGCAGCAGCAGCAGCAGCAACAGCAGCUGCAGCAGCAGCAGCAGCAGCCGACCCCACCUCCACCUUCCCAGCACAUCGCCACCAAGCGAGAACGCAAACAGAUCAGAAUACGGGACCCUAACCAGGGCGGCCGUGACAUCACGGAGGAGAUCAUGUCAGGGGGUCGCAGUGGUUCCACGCCAACCCCACCACAGUCGAUACUAUCUGGAUCCGAGAGUCCAGCUGUGCCACAGGCCAACGGUGAGAGUGUAACAGCUGCCACUCAAACACUGGUCAGACCAGAUGACCGAGGGAAGCCCACGCCUCCCCCUCCUUCAAAGACCACCGAACUUUGCAAGGCUGAGCCGGCUGCCCCCCUAGAGGCCAGCCUCUCUGACACUCACACUAAGACCCCUCCCUCGCCGCUCCCCAGCGCAACCCCCCCCGCCCUUUCCUUGGACAGCCCGUGCCUCGCCGCCGACGUCAUGGACGCCCCCCCCGCCCGCCCGGGAGCCGCCCCAACACUGCCCCUCUCUGCACCCGAGGUGCCGGCAUACCCGGCCCCCCUCCCCAACCCAGGCCCCAAGACGCCUAGGAGAGUCUUGCAGAGCAGAGCCGAGUCACUGCCGGAGAGCCCCCUGCAGAAGGCCCCGGCGCAGGAGCCACAUCCAAAGGAAGCCCAAGCGGCCGUUUGUGCCGACAUCCCUGCGGAGGCUGCUCCGCCCGAGCCCUCCAAUGGCACGGUGGAGGUGAAGCCGGUGGGGUCGUUGGUCGCCCCGCCACCAUCACCUGGCCCGCUAGAAGCCCCGCCGGGCUCCCCCAUUGUCCAGCCUGAGGAGUUGCGGCUGCCCAACGGCCUCCCGCUGCCUGCCCCCCAGGACCCCCAGGCCCCAGCCGCGACCGGCCUGUCGGAGCGCGACGACAGCCCCAUUGCCGAGCCCGAAGUCCAGGCGCCCCGGGUCCGCACACCCGACCUCCGGAAACCUGACCUCCACACGCUCCCCCGUGUGCCAGAGGUCGCCCCGGUGACGGCCCCGGUGACGGCCCCGGUGACGGUCCCGGUGACGGCCCCGGUCACGGCCCCGGUCACGGCCCCGGUCACGGCCCCGGUCAGGGCCCCGGUUACGGCCCCGGUUACGGCCCCGGUCAAGGCCCCGGUCAAGGCCCCGGUCACGGCCCCGGUCGAGGCGCAGUCUGCCCCCCAGGCGGCAGUCGCGGAGCAACCCCCCAUGGUGCCCAACGUGCAGCCAGAGCCCCCAACCAGUGCUCCCGUGCGGCCGCCAACCCCAGAGCCAGCGGCCACGCCCGAUGCUCUUGUGAAAGAGGACCAGGCCGAUGUCCAGGAGCCGGUGAGUGUCCCCAAGGAGGAGGAGCAGGAGGUGGAGAGUGAGGAGGUGAAGGAGCAGCAGCUGGAGGUGAAGGAGGAGGAGAAGAUGAUAAUGAAGUUGAAGGAGGAGCAGCAGGAAGUUAAGGAGGAGCAGGAGGUGGAGGCUCCAACAGAGAUGGUUUCUGACCCGGCACCGCCCCCCAUCAGAACGCACACCCCGGCCUCGGUGGAGAAGGAGGAGCCCAGCUCUGCUGUUGGGGGAACCGCUAUGCAAGCUGCUGUGUCCGUGCCAAAGAAGAAGAGGAAGAUGAAGGAGCUGAACAAGAAGGAGGCCGUGGGCGACCUCCUGGAUGCCUUCAAAGAGCAGGAGCAGGUGACUGAGGUCUCCCCAGAGCAGGAGCCCCUGGCCCUAGCCCCCGAACCCCCCUCCACGGCGACCACGCACGGCCCGGAGGACGCAGACCUCAGCUGGGAGGACAAGGAGGACAAGGAUAAGAAGCUGGACGCAGAGAAGACCCAGCCCCUCUCCCCCAAGUCUGCUGCGGACAAGAAGUACCAGUACAAAGAGGAACAAUGGAAGCCCUUGGACCCCGAGGAGAAGAAGAAGUACGACCGGGACUUCCUGCUGAAAUGCCGCUUCAUCUCGGCCUGCAUGAGCAAGCCUGAAGGCCUGCCAGCCAUCACUGACGUAGUGCUGGACAAGGCAAAUAAGACCCCUCUGCGCCAGUCCGAGCCCAUUCGCUGCCCCGGCAUGAACUUUGGCCCUGACUUCACGCCCGCCUUCGCCACCUUCAGUGGCAGGUCUGGCAUGGGAGGCGGAGGAGGAGGAGGAGGUGGAGGAGGCGGAGGAGGGGGAGGUGUUGGAGGAGGAGGAGGAGGAGGCGGCGGAGGCAGAGGACCUCCUCCAGGCAUGGGCAUGGGCAUGAACAUGGCCGGACCGCGCCGCCUCCAACAGGGGAAGGGGCCGCGCAAGAUCAUCACCAGCAUGUCCCUGGGAGAGGACGUGCAGCUGAACAAGGCGGAAAAGGCCUGGAAGCCGGGCGUGAAGAAGGCCACGCGGGCCGGUGGGCGUGAGCCGGAGGAGGCGGCGGCGGGCGAGGGGGAGGACCCCGAGCACCUUAAGACCCAGGAGCUAUUCAAGCGUGUGCGCAGUGUGCUCAACAAGCUGACGCCGCAGAUGUUCCAGGCGCUAAUGAAGCAGGUGAUGGAGCUCCAGAUCGACACAGAGGAGCGGCUGAAGGGAGUCAUCGACCUCAUCUUCGAGAAGGCCAUCUCGGAGCCCAACUUCUCCGUGGCCUACGCCAACAUGUGCCGCUGCCUCUUGGGGCUCAAAGUCGGCACCACGGACAAACCAGGGCAGACGGUAAACUUCCGGAAGCUGCUGCUGAACCGCUGCCAGAAGGAGUUUGAGAAGGACAAGGACGACGAUGAGUUCUUUGAGAAGAAGCAGAAGGAGCUAGACGCCGCCUCUGAGGGUGAGAAGCAGAAGCUGAAGGACGCGCUGGAGGAGGCAAAGGACAAGGCCCGCCGGCGCUCGCUGGGCAACAUCAAGUUCAUCGGCGAGCUGUUCAAGCUCAAGAUGCUGACGGAGGUCAUCAUGCACGACUGCAUCGUCAAGCUGCUGAAGAACCACGACGAGGAGUCCGUGGAGUGCCUGUGCCGGCUGCUCUCCACCAUCGGCAAGGACCUGGACUUUGAGAAGGCCAAGCCCCGGAUGGAGCAGUACUUCAACCAAAUGGAGAAGAUCAUCAAAGAGAGGAAGACCACCUCCAGAAUCCGCUUUAUGCUGCAGGACGUUCUGGACCUCCGACGGAACCUCUGGGUGCCCCGGCGAGGGGAGCAGGGGCCCAAGACCAUCGACCAGAUCCACAAGGACGCGGAGCUGGAGGAGCACCGCGAGCAGAUGAAGGUUCAGCAGGCCAUUCUCUCCAAGUCCAGCGGCGGAGACCGUAUGGGAGGAGGAGGAGGAAGAGGGGGAGGAGGAGGAGGAGGUGGAGGCCGUGAGGGCCGCGGAGGACAUCAUACCCCCGGCCGGGGCAGCCAGCCCCAGGACGAGGGCUGGAACACGGUGCCCAUCAGCACAAAGAGCAGACCCCUGGACGCCCUGCGUCUCAGCAAGAUCACCAAGGCUCCAGUCCUGGACAACCAGGUGCUCGCCCCGAGCAGCGACACGUGGGGCAACUGGGGCAAGGGCAGUAGCGGAGGCUCCACCACCAAGCCCAACCCCACAGACUCAGCCCCCGACUCUGGUAACCGUCCGGCCACCAGCACCCUGAACCGGUUCUCGGCCCUGCAGCCUUCCUCCCAGGACUCUGACAGACGCGUGCCUCAGAGGAACAGCUCCAGUCGGGAGCGCGGCGACCGCUAUGAGCGCUCGGACCGCGGCCCCGGGGACCGUGGCUUCGACCGCCGGGACCACCGCCUCCCGGCCGGCAAGCGCAGCUUCAGCCGUGAGAAGGAGGAGCGCAGCCGGGAGCGCGAGCACCGCAGCUCGGCCGACCCCGUCCGUCGCGUGGCCAGCAUGACCGACGACCGCGGGAGCCGCGAGCGCCCCAGCAGCAAGGACAACGCAGUGAAGCGGCCCUCACGGCCGUCGACCCCCACCCCCCUUCCCGUACCGACGGUCACCAAGCCGGCCUUGACCGAGGAGGAAGUGGAGAAGAAGUCCACCGCCAUCAUCGAGGAGUACGUCCAAAUCAACGACCUGAAGGAGGCGCUCCAGUGUGUUCAGGAGAUGGCCAGCACGGAUCUGCUCUUCGUGUUCGUGCGGAACGGGCUGGAGUCGACGCUGGAGCGCAGCACCUUGGCCCGGGAGCGCAUGGGCCUGCUGCUGCAGCGCCUGGUGCAGAACUCCACCCUGCCACCACAGCAGUACUACAAAGGGCUCCAGGAGAUCCUGGAGGCGGCCGAGGACAUGUCCAUAGACGUCCCCCACAUCUGGCAGUACCUGGCCCAGCUGCUUGCCCCCAUGCUGCAUGAGGGGGGCAUUCCCAUGGCUCCGCUCUUCAGGGAGAUCACAAAGCCCCUGAUACCCCUGGGCCAGGCCGGGGUCCUGCUCGUCCACAUCCUCCUCGUCCUCUGCAAAGCAAUGAGCCAUAAGAAGGUGGGUGCCAUGUGGCAGGAGGCGGGACUUAGCUGGAAGGACUUCCUUCCCGCCGACCAAGACAUUAACAAGUUUGUGACGGAAAAGAACGUGGAGUUCACGCUGGUCCAGGAGGCGGAGGCGGCGGGCCCAGGCGCACUGAGCCCCGCCCAGCUGAGCCAGGGUCUGGAGCAGCUGCUGAAGGACAAGGCCGAUAACCAGAGCAUCCUGGACUGGGUGGAGGCCAACCUGGACGAGGAGCAGACGUCGUCCAACGAGUUUGUCCGAGCUCUGAUGACCUGCGUGUGCCGGUCGGCCAUCUACGAGAGCCCCAACAAGGUGGAGGCCAAGCAGAUGGGUCGUUUGGCGGAGGUGCUGCAGAAGUACCUAAACACGGAGCACAAGGAGCUGCAGGCACUCUACGCCCUGCAGGCCCUCAUGGUGGAGCUGGAGCAGCCGGCCAACCUGCUGCGGAUGUUCUUCGACGCGCUGUACGACGAGGACGUGAUCAAGGAGGAGACCUUCGAUAAGUGGGGCUCCAGCAAGGACCCGGCCGAGCAGCAGGGCAAGGGCGUUGCCCUCAAGUCUGUCACCAACUUCUUCACCUGGCUCCGGGAGGCCGACAUCGAGUCGGACAACAGCUAGGAUCGACCAUGCACCUCCUGGAGGACUGGGGGGGGGGGGCGGUGCCCACACAUGUAUAUCUAAAACCAGAAGAGAUGUGCGAUGCUCUCUACCAAUCGGAGGAUGCUGAAUCCAUCAAAUCCAUCUGCAUAAACAGACAAAAAACCUAGAAAAAGAUUCUUCACCUGGGAGAGAUUGUAUUACGGAUCGGACUUCGAUCUUUUUGUUUUUGUUUCUGUGCGACUUUCUUCUUUUUGUUUUAUUUUAUUAGGAUAAAAAAUAUCUUGCGCUGCUCAACGUUCGCUUUAACUAACGAAACACGACAUUAACAGAGACAGAAGCAGAGGAGGGACGUUCUCAGUAUUCCCUUAUGUUUUAGGUCCACUUUUAAACACGGUGACACUACUCAGCUCAUUGUGCUGAUGAGGGACGCGCUAACUGGCUGCUCACAACGCUCUCUUUGUGGAGGACUUACUGGACACCCGUGCCCGGGGGGUCCUGGGACGUCCACAGGCAUGUCUUCUAGGGGAUGUCCUGGGACAUGUCUUCUAGUGGACACCACCAUGUGUCCCUGGAUGCCCCAGGAGACGUCUCUUAGGGGACACCCCCGGACACCUCUCUUGGGGGACGCCCCAGGACACGUCUUCAAGGGGAUGUCCAAUGGCGUGUCUCCUAGGGGCCGAGCGUAUGUUUGUUGUUUGACUUUUUUUUGGGGUGACUGAUGAAUUUGGAGUGCGCUCUCUUUUAUUUCUCUUUUUAAUAAUAAAAUCAGAAAAACCAAACAAAGGAAUGCGGGCGACUUAAGGGUGGUUUAGUUUAGUUUGUUAGGGAUGGUGUCUGCUGCGGUGAACAGGAGAGUGACAGACGGGGGCUGGAGGGGUGGGCGGCGCUGGAACAUCGGUGGACCUUUCUGCUGCUGGGGAGCUGACAAAGCUGUCCUCAUGACCACGUCGCCACGCCCACCCCCUGCCCGCCACGCGGUUGUGGUUCCGCUGGUCUCCUGGGGACGGAGGUUUUAAUCAUUCAGAUAUCAUCGUUAUCCAAACUCGAAGCGAAAUUACAAAAUGCUUAAUAAUUGACAAAAAUAGAAGAUAGGAAUAAAAGAGUUGGAACAGUUCGAAUCCUAAAGCCUUUUCUGCUUCCAUGAGUGGAAAUGCAUUUCAGGAGAGUUCUGUAAAUAUAUAUAAAUAUAUAUAUUAUAGAUAUUUUUGUUUUCUUUUCCAAGAUGAAAUGCAAAUGUACCUCCAUGUAAUGUUCACCCCCCCCCUGAAAGAAGACCCACUACCCCCUCUCUAUUUAUAUUUUCUCUCCUCCGCUGGCAGAAGUGUACCCCCCCCCCCCCCCCCCCCCCCCAGCCCAGCCAUCACAUUGAUUAUCGGCCCAUCAUUGAAAACAUGUAAAUACUUCCCCCCUUUUUUGCUUUACUUUAAUAAAAAAAAAAGAUAUUUAAUUAAAAUAAAAACGAAUGCCUCUUUUCAUGUCCAAAACUGGAAAAGAUAAUAAAGAACAUUGCAAAUAAAAACGGAACUCAAAAACA